ACACGUUUUGGUUGCAAAAUUUUCUAAUAAAAUUGUGAAAUUCGUUGUGCAAUAAAAAGCUAAUAUAAAUAAGCAUACAGCAACAAUGCUUUACGGUUGCGAGUUAUCGCUAUAAAGUGCAAUACCAACGGAAAUUCUCUAAACGUCUUGUGGUUAGGUUAAGUACUGCGUCUAAAAUUUAAAAUUAAUAGAAUUCAAAUAGACACAGAGUUAUAUUUAAAAUACGUUUUGCAAUAAAAGUGAAUAAAUUGAAAGAAUUUAAUAGUAAAAUUCAAAAAUACUAUUGUUAGAAAUUCUGAUAAUAGUGGUCUCAUGAUGGUACAGACCAUUUGAUCUUCAAGUGAGUGGAAGUUAAUUUUGGACUCUGCAUCAGGAGAAGCUUUCAUAAUGUUUCCCAAACAGACUUUUGGCAGUAAUGCCACUUCAGGUUUUGGUUCCUUCAAUUCUGGCGCGACAACUUCGUCCCCUUUUGGCGGAUUCAAACCUGCCACAGGAUCUUUUGGUGCGAGCACGUCAACGCAGCCCGCCACUGGUGGAGGUCUCUUCGCGAACAAUACCUCUGGUGGUGGUCUUUUCGGGAAUCCCGGUCCCUCGACAUCGACUUCCGCCUUCGGGACGAGCACCACUGGUUUCGGCUUCGGCGGAGGUGCUACGUCCGGUGGACUAUUCGGGAAUACCUCGACCGCUGGAGGGGGUUUGUUCGGGAACACGCAGGCGACACCCUCGUUUGGAGUCAAACCGACAGGUUUCGGCUUCAGCGGCUCGACCACGACCGGAGCGACCACCGGGAACCUGUUCGGCACGCCGGCGACCGGACCCGGCGCCGGACUGUUCGCGCCCCAGGGCAACACCAUGUCCGGCGGGGGACUGUUCGGGGGGAACACCAGCGCUGGUGCUUUCGGUCAGCAGCAACCCACAGGGACCGGCCAUGUCAAGUUCAACCCAGUUGUUGGGACGGAGGUGGUGAUGAAAAAUGGCACAUCACAGAACAUUAACAUCAAACAUCACUGCAUAACUUUCAUGAAGGAAUACGAAGGCAAAAGCUUAGAGGAGCUACGUUUGGAAGAUUACAUGGCAGGGCGAAAGGGUUCAACUGCCACCACGGGGAUGUUCGGAGGUUUCCAGCAGACAACAGAGAACAAACCCUUGUUCGGCAGCACUGGUUUCGGCCAGCCAGCUACCACGAGCGCCCCCGGCAUGUUCGGGACGGGAUCCGGCCUGGGGACGUCCGGGGCAUUCGGACAAAACAGUACAUUCUCGUUUGGCGGCAACACGAAUACGACGACCACGGGCCUCUUCGGUGCAAACAAGCCGCCGGCUUUCGGUACCAGCACUGCGGGCUCCACCCUGUUCAAUACAACGACGACACAAGCGCCGGCGUUCGGCGCCAGUACUAACACAUUCGGGUUUGGCGCCAACACGCAGAAUCAGUCAACUGGUAUAUUCGGGGCGAAGCCGGCAACCGGAGCGUUCGGCACGACGCCGGCCAGCUCGGGCUUCGGUUCAUUCUCGGGGGGCGGAGCACCCUUCGCUGCCAAGACGACGGCUCCGGCGUUCGGUACCACCACAUCCGCAUUCGGCAGCAUGGCGCCUACGUUCGGCAGCGGCACGCAGGGCGGGGGCCUGUUCGGGCAGGGCACGGCCUUCGGGAAGCCGGCCACCACGCAGCCCAGCUUCAGCUUCGCCGCCUCGCAGCCCGCCGCGCCGGGGCUGGGGGCCGGGGCGGGGGGCGUGUUCCAGGGCAAGCCCGCGGCGCCGAGCUUCGGCACGCUCGGGCUCGGCACGUUCCAGCAGCAGCCCGCCAACACGUUCAAGACGGACGGCGUGCUGGGCGGCGGAAUGUUCGGGAACAACAACGCGCUGGGCUCCGGCUUCGGUUUGGGCUCGAUGAACGCGAACAACAGUCUGCUGGCGAACAACAGCUUAUCCGGCGCCUCUGCUGGCGGCAACGUGCACGAGCAGAUCCUGACGAUGGCGGCCCGCCCGUACGGGGACUCGCCCCUCUUCAAGGACCUGCUGCCCGAUUCGACAACGGCAGCCGAAGACAUACUGAAGCCGACGAACCCGCUGGCGCUGAAGGCGGUCCUGGACGGCUCCCAUUCCGCCUACAGGAUCAACUCGCCCACCUCACGGGUGCAACCCAGGCAGCUGCCCGUACAUAAGAAGUCGCUCUUCGACGGCCUAGAAGAAUCGGAUUCGAGCUUAGAAGACAAGCUGUGCUUGAAGCCGAGCCGCAAGCGUCUGGUGCUGCGCGCCCGCCCCGCCGACGGACAAGACGAGGGACGUACCAACAGAUCAUUCGAGCAACCCUCCAGUGGGCCGGGCCGCACGCAGGACUCCGUCGACCAAGUGGACAGGUCCGCCGACGUUAACCGUAACAAGUCCACGGCCGACACAGAGGAAAAUGGCGAUUUACAUCCAGACAAGCACAGCAGGUGGAUCAACUCGCCAAAGAUCAGCGAUCUGUGGACGGAGCGCGACCACAAGCCCGACGCGCAGCGGACCAACAGGAUGUACCCCGACAUCGAAAAAGAAGUGUCCGAACAUAUAUCCGAGAGACGCGCCAGCUGGCUGAGCACGAAGCCGCUGCGUGCGGGGGCGGCGCGCGGGGCUGCGGGGUGCGCGGAGAGCUCUGUGCGGGAGCUGGGGGGGCGGAGCGCCUCGCCGGAGCGAGACCGGCUGGACUCGCUGUCCGGUACAUCGAUACAAUUCUGCGCGCACCGUCGCGGCGCGCUGGCGGCGUGCUCGAGGUGCGAGAAGAUCGCCCAUCAAAUAUCCGGAGUUUACGUAUCUGAAGAUGAGAAUGUGGAGCCGCGCGACGCCCCGCCCCACCCGACCGGGGUCAAGCUGACGAGGCCGGGCUACUACACCAUCCCCUCCUUGGACGACAUGAUAAACUACAUGCGGCCGGACGGCACGUGUCCUGUUCCGCACCUGACGAUCGGACGCAAGAACUACGGGAACGUGUACUACGACUCGGAGAUCGACGUGGCCGGCCUCGACCUGGACGCCCUGGUGCACUUCCUGAACAAGGAGGUGAUAGUCUAUCCGGAGGACAGCGACAAGCCGCCGGUCGGAGUCGGCCUGAACAGGCGGGCCAUCGUGACCCUCGACCGGGUGUGGCCCCGGGACAAGACCGAGAAACGACUCAUCACCGAGCCCGACAGAUUACUAAAACUGGAUUACGAAGGGAAGCUGCGCAGGGUUUGCGAGAAACAUGACACCAAGUUUAUCGAGUAUCGACCUCAAACGGGCAGCUGGGUGUUCAGGGUGGAGCAUUUCAGUAAGUACGGUCUCACUGAUUCCGACGAGGAGGACGACCCCACUCCGGACGUCCUGAAGCGGCAACUCCUCACCGAGUCUCUACAGAAAGCCAGCGCACCAGGUCCCAAGUCGCCUGUGAAUGUGUCGGAGGCGGGGGCUGCGGUCCCGGGGCUCUUGGGGCCCGGACAUCCCGGGCUGGGGGGCUCCGGCCCGCCAGGCCUGCUCAGCGAGGACAGCCUCUACAAUCUCCACCACACUUCCUUACUGACUCUAAACGGCACCAGCAAAGCCUUCGAUGUUAUGGACACCGCUGAAGACAACGCGGAGUCACAAAGCCUGUUUCUAGAAAACAGAGCGUUCGGCGUGAAGAGUCCCACCUCGGAGCUGGCGCGCCUGGAGAAUAGACGCAGCCACAGCGUGCAGCUGAUGAAGGCCUCGCUGUACCCUGAUGAAGAAAUGGACGAUGACGUGUCAGUGUCGACGGGAGAACAGCUGGUGCCGAACUCGGCUCCGAUAUUUAACGAUCAACGGUUACCGUCGCCCUCGCUGGGGACCGUCGUGGGGGCCCCGCCCCCGCCGCCGGAGCGCGCGCCCGAACCACCAAUGCGACCGCUCACUGUCCAACCCCAUACGAUAGUAUUGAAAUACCACAGAAAGGUUCCACCAUUCAAAGACACCAUUGCGGGUCGGCUGGACAGCGCCUGCCUGGCCGACAUGUCGGUGAGCCACGCGCGCCACAGCCGCGUCGGCUUCGGGCCCGCCUCCACCGUCGCCCUCCUCACCACGUACGACGCCUUCAGCGACCUGCCCAGAUCGUCUGAGCUCUCGUCGUUAGACCGGUACUUGAGCGGCAGGGCCAGCGGGGACUGGUCGGAGCGUCUGGUGGCGCGUCUGGCGCUAGCCGCCGACCGGCCGCAACACCCGCUGCAGGAGAUCUUGGAGCCGCACAUCUCUACGUUGCUGGAGUGGUCCACGCUAUCGGAGUGCGCAGAGGACGAGUGCCCGCGCCUCUCCCUCCGCCCCGAGCCGGAGGCGCGCCUGGCCGUGCUCAGGGACAAUCUGAGACACUCCUCCAAACACGACUACGUAGUGAAGUUCGGCGUGUCUGCCGCGUACUGCCGCGAGGUGUGGAGGCUGUGCGACGCGCUGUGGGGAGCCGAUCUGGAGAACGGUGGCAUCCCUGGCACGGACGAGCAGUCGAUAGUGAACAGACACAAGAAGCUGCUGCGUUGGUUCGAGGACGCCGUGGCGGGGGUCACGGACGCGGAGCUGGCCGAGCCCCGGGGGACAGAGCUGGAGGAUGAGUCCGACACGCACAGCGCUCGAAUCUGGACUUUGCUGCUGGGCGGCAGGACGCUUGAGGCCUGCAAGCUGGCCAGGGACAGCGGGGACCUCAACAUGGCCAUGCUCCUCGCUCAGGCCGGCGGCGAUGCGGCGUACCGGGGGCUGGUGGCGCGGCAGCUGGCGCAGUGGAGCGCGUGCGGCGCCGACACGCACGUGGCGGGCGCGCGCCUGCACGCGCUGCGGGCGCUGGGCGGCGCCGCCCCCCCCGCGCUGGCGGGCGCCGGCUGGCUGCGCGCGCUGCACGCCACGGCAAGAUACAUUUGCCCGCAAAUUCCCUCGCUCGAGAAAAUUAUAAGAACGUACGAGGGAUUCUUUAGUAAGGACGAGCAAGUCGAUUUGACGUCAUUAGGCGAUGACGUCGACAUGAGACCGCCCCUGCCGGAUUACAAUGAAGAUUACUGCUACAUCACGAGUAAGAAUGGAAAUACGAAAGCGGUGUUGGAUUUACGCUACGAGCUUAUUAGAGCAAGAGCUUUCAAUCAACGUCCGAAACUUAAGCCCGCAGCUUACACUCCGGAUCCGAACGAUUUUACACUGUGCUUCCUCCUGGGCGCGUGGUUCGGCAGUCCGUCGGUGGAGAGCGUGGUGUCGGUGGCGGAGCAGCUGGAGGCGGGCGGCGCGUGGCAGCUGGCCACCGCCGUGCUGGCGUACCAUCCGCACGGAGCCGCCCGAUCCUCGCUGGUGAGGAGCAUGAUCUCGCGGCACGCGCCGUCCUCGGGCUCCGCCCCCGGCCUCCAGCUGCUGGAGCGGAUCGGGGUGCCCGAGAAGUGGAUCCACCUGGCUCGCGCGCACAGGGCCAAGUACGAGCACCAGCCGGCGCUGGAGGUGGAGCAUCUGUUGGCAGCGCGGCAGUGGAGCGCCGCGCACCGCGUGCUGCUGGACGAGCUGCUUCCCGACGCCGUGCUCAACGACGAUCUGCAAACUGUAUCCCGGCUGCUGAAGACGCUGGAGGAGGCGGCCGAGCGACACGAGGUGGCCGACUGGGAGAGCGGCGGGCUCGCGCUGUCCCACUACAUACACGUCUGUGACGAGAUAAUGGCGAUACAGAAUGAAGGCGAUCAGUGGGGACGGCUGGAGGCGCUUCGCCCCCGCCUGGCCGCCGCCUGUAGGGCGCUGCCCCCUCCACAACACAUGUCGCCGCGUGUGGCCGCGGCCCGAGCGCAGAUGGGGGGUCGCUUGCUGCGGCUGACGCUGUCCGCCAACCUGUCCGCCGACAAGCUGGCGUCGCUGGUGGCCGCCCUGAAGCUGCCCCCGGACUGCUCCGCCUGCGCCAGUCACAAGAUAACAACAGAACUCGCCGAACGCAGAUUAGAAGGGAAUUAUACGGCCCUGCUUGCACCUUAACUUACAAAGAUAGCUUGAAGAUAAAUUAGUGUUAAUUUUUUGAUAAUUAGGAAAUUUAAUAAAUGUAAAGUCCGACUAAAAGUUAUUGCUAGAGCGAAAAGCGGGUUCUUGAAUUGGCAACACUGCGAUCCUUGGGCGGUGUUGCAGUAUUAUGAUAUUGUUUUGUAUUCUGGUAAUAUUUUUGGUUGUUCUAAUAGUUUGUGAUCUGUUUUGUGUAUGUAAUUAAUUGUUUAAGUAUUAUGUAAUUGAAUUGUUAUUUUUUUAUGAAAAAAUAAUAAUAAUUGAGUAUUUAAAAUUAAAUCGUGCUUACUCACGUGUUGUAGAGAUAGGGUUUCAUCAAGUGAUCACGAAUGCUCACAGUACUAGCCUCUAAUUGAGCGUUCCCCUUAUUGUUUCCUAGUUAGACAAAGUUGAAAAUAAUUAAUUAUAUAAAUAAAUAAAACUAGGUAAGAUCAUAUUAAUAUUUUCCAUUAAGGCUAAUUAUUAAACUUUAGUAAAAUUUUAACGAAAUAAUUUAAAAAAAUACUGAGUUUAAAAAUCAUUAAAUUUGUGUUUUCUCGGUAAUUAUUAUUGGCGUUAAUAUAAAUUUAGUUAGAUUUGUGUUAUGUAUUAUCGCCUCACCUACUACAUACAGUAAAUAUAAAUAAGUGUUUAGGGUAGGUUAUUGUUAAGUGAAUUCGCAUAGCAAUAGUUAACUGACAGGAGAUUGCAUCGAUUUUCUUUAUGUAAUUUAAGCCUUUGAGCGCGAACCGUCGAUCGAUCGACUCUCUGUUAAUGUGUAAAGUGCGGAGCGUCGGAAUAUCGACUAUUGCGUUUUUAAUAAGUUUGAAUAUCUGUUUCAAAUUUUCUUUGAAUCUAGCAUUGAUUUUUAAGUUAAAGUUUUUUAUAACUAUAGGCAGCGGCUUGGCUCGGCCCCUGGCAUUGCUGAAGUAUAUGGGCGACGGUAACCACUCACCAUCAGGUGGGCCGUAUGCGCGUCUGCCUAGAAGCGCAAUAGGAAAAAAAAGGCAAGAUGAUUAUCUUAAUAGUAUAUUUCUUGUCUGAACUAUUUCGCGUCUGCACUAUUUCGCGUCUGCACUAUUUCGCGUCUGAACUAUUUCGCGUCUGCACUAUUUCGCGUCUGAACUAUUUCGCGGAAGAGCUGUAGUCGUGGAGUCUGAGAACUUUGAAUUAUACAAUUUUAUCUCUCGCCUUAAUAAUUCUAGUUGCAUUGUUUUAUUGAGGCGUUUGUUUGUACAACAUUUGAAUACUGCGCUUACAUUUACAAUGCAUUUUAACUUUUAAUCACACGGAAAAAUUUGAAACUUUUUUUUUAUAUAUAAAACACUGUAGUUGGAACUUUAGUCAUUUGUUACCAAGAAAACUGUAAUUUAUACGUCUAAAGCAAUAAGAUAAUAGCAAAACAAAUUAGAUUAGUUUGUGAAAGUAGUCUUAAAUUAUAUAUAUUUUUUAAGCUAUUGCAUGGCUUUUAUCUCGGGCUUUGAGUUCGGCGACCGAUUCAAGAAAUUCCGUAACGAAAAUAAAACCUAACACCCCCACUCCGCCUACCAUGUAGCUCGCGUUCAACACGCAUCAUGAAAAGUCUGCCCAUCUCUCUCUCGCGCGGUCUAGCCUUAUGAGUGUGAAGGGGACAGUUAAUGUUUUGCUUUUGUUAAUGUUUAUAAAUAUAGCGCGGUCUUCUUUUAUUAUUGUCUAAUUAUAAUUGUGUAAGUUGAUAAAAAAUGCUAUGCAAUAGCUUUACUGCGGCUGUCCCCGAGUGUCACACGUGUUCGUUCAUUGCAAACUGUACUUCAUUGAUGUAGUAAGUUGCUCUUUUCGCAUUGGUUACUUUUAAAGUUAUCUAAAGUUGUACAAAAUUGGUUUUAGUGUUUUAACGUUCCAACUCUUAAAGUUCCAUCGUUGUAAGCUUAAAUAGAUAUAAGAAAUGUGUCUGUUGAAUCAAUUUUUUUUUUGUGAUAAAAGAAUUAAAGGUUAUUCGCUAA